AUGGCAACCCUCCGCUCCAUCCUCGCCUGCCUCUCCUUCCGCCGCAACCGCGCCAACCGGGCCGGCUACACCGAGCUCCUCUACGACUCCCUCGACUCUCACGGUCAGAUUGACAACGAAAAGUUCGGCCUCUACUCCGACUCCCCACCCGGCAAUAACCAUGAAGAAGGGCAGUACCGAUCCGCCCCCUUGAUGGCCUACACUUCAUCUGCCGACGACGACGAGGAGCAGCUCGUGGCCAUUGCCAAAAAGAUCGUAAACUUGAUGCACAAAGCCGAGUUCAACGACGACUCCCUUCAGAUCGCCAUCACAAAUGUCGUCGGCGAGAGGAGGUGGAACCGCAAACUGAUCGAGGAGUGUCUGGACAAUGUUGUCGAGUUGGUCGAGCAGGGGAGGCAGAACAUGGGGGAUGCCAUGACCGAGGCGCUGGACAGGGUGACGGACGUUGCGGAUGAGGAGUUUGCGUUUCCGAGACGGCACCCGGAGAGCGUGGACGGGUUUAUUGCGAUUGUCUCGGUUGGAGUUCUGGCUGAGAUGCAGGGCGCUUGGGCGAGGAGGGGGAGUGUAGCUGACUGGUGGAUGAGGGAGUACAAGGCGUAUAUCCCCGAGGGCAGGGUUGAGACCUUCUUUACAAGGCUGGAUAUGGUGGAUCCUGCUGAAUAG